GGGGCGGCCAGGUUCCGGGAGCGGCCCGUUCCGUCGCCGCUUCCGUCGCCGCUCGUCCCGGGGUCCCGGCCCGUGGCGAGGCGGGGGAAAGAGCCAGCCUUUGUUGGUCAUCCCCAAAGAGCCUGGUCGCCCUGGCAAGAAGGUGACAAGGGAAGAGCAACGUCCUCACCAUCUGCAGGUUGACUUUGGUGUCAGAUACCCCACCAGCCUUAAACUUGACCAACGAUGGAAGAUCUUAUUAACCCCAUGUGAUGGGAUGCUCCUGCAUGGCUUCCUGAUUUAUUUCUGGCUGUUUAUACUCUCCUGUGAGUUUUCAUGGAUUGAAGGACUCAAGUGAUGUUUUAAAGCUGUUUGUUUUUGCCUUAGCAGAGCAGGAUCGCAUCUGUUGGACGCUGUCUUGGCUAAGCCAGGAAGGGUAUCCAGCCUGCAUGGACAGGGCAACAUUUGCCUGUUCCACUGCCUUUUUUCGUGACCACAACAGCUCAUCUCAGGGUGCAUUCUGCCUCCCCGGAGGACACGUUGACUUCAUUGAAAAAGUGGAAUCAUUCACUUACUCGGAUUUUUUCCGGGAUUAUUUGAUUCCCAACCAUCCCUGUAUUUUCUCAGCUAAAAUCACUGAAGACUGGGACAGCAGGAGGAAUUGGGUUACUUGGGAAGGAAAGCCUAACUUUGAUUAUCUGCUGCAGAAGUUUGGAGAGGCUCUAGUGCCUGUUGCCAACUGUGAUGUCAAGGAGUACAAUUCUAACCCGAAGGAGCAGCUUCCCUUCAAGGAGUAUAUCAAGUACUGGAAGGAAUACAUUAGGAAUGGCUACCGUUCAUCCCGGGGGUGCCUUUACCUCAAGGACUGGCACCUGAGCAGAGCUUUCCCUGAGCAAGAUGUUUAUACAACCCCUGUGUAUUUCUCCUCGGACUGGCUGAACGAGUACUGGGAUGCUGUAGCUGUGGACGAUUACCGCUUUGUCUACAUGGGGCCUAAAGGGUCAUGGACCCCAUUCCAUGCUGACGUCUUCCGUUCCUAUAGCUGGUCAGCCAAUAUAUGUGGGAGGAAGAAAUGGCUGCUGUACCCUGCAGGACAGGAGGAGUACCUGAAGGACCACCAUGGCAACUUGCCCUUUGAUGUGACUGCCCCCAGCCUUCGGGACAAGAGUGUUUACCCUCGCUACAACCAAAGUCAACCCCCUGUUGAAAUUGUGCAGGAAGCAGGGGAGAUAGUCUUCAUCCCCAGUGGAUGGCAUCAUCAAGUUUACAAUCUGGAGGACACCAUUUCCAUUAACCACAACUGGGUGAAUGGCUGCAAUGUGGCCAUCAUGUGGGGCUUCCUGCAGGAUGAAUUAGCAGCUGUCCAAAGGGAGAUCAAUCAAUGGAAGGACCCUAUAGAUGAUUGGCACCUACAAUGCCAGUUGAUCCUGAAGUCUUGCACGGGUAUAGACUACAAAGAGUUCUACAACUUCCUCAAAAUUAUUGCAGAGAACAGGAUUUCAGUCUUGGAAAAAGGCCUCGAUGACGAAGCUUCAGCAAAGAACACUCCAAAAGCUGCCAUUUCCACCUUGGGCAUGCUCCAUGCAGUGUUUGAUUUAAAGAGGACUGUGAAGGUGUUAACAUCAUUGAGUGCUAAUGAAGAUUUCAAGAAGCUAGACCUGACCUCACUUUCUCCACCUCCGGAGGCAUUACUGCACCACUUGAAAGCAGCAAUAGACACAGCACUACUCUAACUUCCUAUUUAUUCAGUUCUUUGUAAAAUGAACCUUUUGCAAAGUGAGUGUUUGUAGAAGACUGACUCCUCCCUGUUUAAUAGCUGUUGCAGUUGAAGUACAAAGAGCCUUAAUAUAGGGUAGGGAGAGAGCACAUUCACAAGAAGACUGAACACUUUUUAACUUGCCAGCCUUUAAUUGUCUAGAGUAAUGGGACAGGGAAAAAAUAAACACUCAGAUAAAGGGAAAACCCAAAUCAUUUUAGUAGUAUAUUGAGCCCUGCUGGUGAGUAUGCAUUCAGGGAGGGGAAACUGAACUCAGGAGAUGAAACUUAGGUCUGUCAGGGGCAAACACUGAGAUUUCACAGGUCUGCACCAUAUUCCUGUCUAUAGAGAGCAAACCUGCACUGCAGGCUUCAGCAGUGAAGCUCUGCUUGGUUUGCUUACACCUAAAUUGCUUUAAGACCUGUCCUGCUUCCAGGUGCAACUCAGCCUUUCUUUUUUAAAAGAGUACCCUGGUUAGUUUGUUUCCCCUGGAGCCCGAGCUGGCUCCACAGCUGAAGCCUAGAUAUGCAGCAGCUGACUGUCCUAUUUUCCUGUACAGUGGCAUCUCUUCAAAGCUAAAAAUCUCAAGAAGAGGCAGCUUUCAUCCUGCUGCAGGGCCUGCAGGAUUAAAUUGAACAUAUCAGGAAGCUGGAGUCCUGAUACUCAAUCAUUCUAAGCAUGUGAUCCACCCAAGCUCAAAAGGAGCAACUUGAAUGUGCUCUCAGCUCUCAACACACUAUUUCAAGGCACAGAUUUUUUAUCAAGCAGAGAUGUGAUUGAUCAGGGAAGCUAGCAAGGAGCCUUGUAUUAUCUCCUAAAAAAAGCCAUGCUGCUACCACACCAAACCACCACUGCAUGGUUACAGAGCACAAUUUGCAACCUGAAUGCUACCCUUGGGCUAAAAGAGAAUUUCCAGUGAAGGAUCCUUCUUGCUUUUACUGGCUGGUGAGAAAGCACAAAUGGCUGCACACUGUUACCUGACUUGCCCCUUCAGGGCUCACUUGAAUUCUAGCUCAAGAACUUCCUCAAUUUUACAACCAGAUGACCAGUAAGAGCAACUAUUAACCCUAUGUUUAGAAAGUGCAAUGGUAGAAAUCUUCAGUAGGCUGAAAAAAAACCCCACAAACACAAGCUCAUUGUUUUCUAGAUAAUCCUGUGGAGUUUCUACAUGCAUGUAUUUUGCAUGUCCUAUUUUCUAGUAAAAUUUCUUGAUUUUGAGUAGGAAGUGAACUUAAAAUCAAUACCCAGAGCAUGGAAGAAUGCAGGAUGGAGAAAAGAGACUUUUGUUGUUGUUGUUGAACAGCUGUGACUACUUCUCAGUGAUUCAACCUUCUGGCAGGUUGUUUCUUUGGACUGGAAAAGUGCCAGUUUUAAGCAGCUCUGAAAUUAGAAGUUCACAGCUGUUUCUUGUAGCUGUUUCCAUUCUGAAAGGCAGGCAAGCUGGAGCUUUCUGCCUUCUGUAAGGUGAGAUUUCAUGGAGGUGAGGAACAAUGGUUUCCAGCUGACAAAUCAGUGUAUUGGUAGGAAAGCAUGUUUUUGAUCUUGUGUUCCCCACUCUCACUGCAUGCUGUGUAACUGGUGUUGGCACCAACCACUUUAAACACUGCAGUUUUAUACAGGG